GUAUCUCUGAACCAUUCGGGAUGAGAAUGUACAUAUCGAAUGUAUAGUAGUAGAACUCUAUACAGUCAUGUUGCCUUCUUUCGUACAUUCAGCUUGCAUAUCCCUUGUUUCAUGCGUGAUACGCUUUGAUCAUGUUACACCCAGUUUAUUGGAUGUUGCAGUUAAUGCUAGUGUUUUCCACUGAUAAUUAUUGCCAAAGAAAUGUUCCAUGAGUAGGUCGGAGAAUCGAAAAAUCUGGUCACUUCGUUUGCCGGCAAUUGGCAGCGGGAAAUUUUAAACGAAUUUUGCGGGGGUAUAAAAAUCGCCUCAUACAUAAUUAUAUGCACAACCUAUAAUUUCUGAUUGGUCUGAUUUUUUUAUACAGUCUUGCUUGCAGUUUGCUUGCAAUUUUAUUUGACAAGCAGUUCUGCUGUUUUCUUAACUGUUAGUAUUACUGUCAACUUUUUCUAAAAAUGUCAAUAUUAAAUCCUAUUCUGAUUGUUGUCUUGUCGUUUUUGACCUCUCAGUAUUGCGUCCUGGUCGGCACCCAAAUCAUCCUUGAUCCUCUUGUACCUGACAGUAAACCUGUCAGGCGGACGUACAUCUACUCCAUUAUUUCGGGGACAAACAGAUCACUGGAAAGACACCAGAGACUGCGCCGUGCCCCGGAAGAAUCACAGAAUGACAUUUAUAGCAGCAAAGUCACCACUCUGCUCAAUUCACUUUUUGACAGAUAUAACAAAACGUUUCGGCCCAACUACGGACAUGGUCCAACGCAAGUAAGGAUCAAUAUGGUUGUGAUCAGUAUGGGGCCAAUUAGCGAGCUGAACAGCGAUUAUUCUAUGGACAUCUACUUUCGACAGAAGUGGAGGGACGAACGAUUAAAGUUUAACGGCUCGGAAGAUAUGAAAGAACUGGCCUUAAACAAUCUCAUGUUGGAUAACAUAUGGAAGCCGGAUACUUAUUUUCGGAACGGGAAAGAGUAUUACGUUCACACCAUUACAACCGCAAAUAAACUCCUGCGCUUGCAAACUACGGGAGACAUCUUAUACAGCAUGAGAUUAAGAAUUCGUGCGCAGUGCCAAAUGCGCUUAUCAUUCUAUCCGGCAGACAUUCAGUCGUGCCCUUUGAUCAUCGGAAGCUUCGCCUAUCAAGCUCACGAAGUCCUGUAUUAUUGGGAUCCCGACCACCGAGUAAAAACAGAAGCCGGUUUAACACUAUCCCAGUAUGAAUUGAAGGGUCCACCGCCUUGCGAAAAUUUCUUUGCUCAGUUUGAUAGCGGCAUGAAGAAAGAGAACUACUCAAUGGCCCGAGUGGAUUUUAUAUUACAGCGACGAAUGGGAUAUUUUCUACUGCAAAUAUACUUACCCUGCAUGCUGAUCGUUGUCCUUAGCUGGGUGUCGUUCUGGCUUAACCGUGAGGCUACAGAAAGAUUAAGUUUAGGAAUUACAGCGCUGCUGACGCUUGCUACAAUGAAUCAGGAUCAAAAAGAUGUACUGCCCAAGACUUCAUACCCCACGGCGUUAGAAUGGUAUAUACUGAUCUGCAAUUUAUAUGUCAGCGCUAGUAUAAUCCAGUUUGCCGCUGUCCAUUUUUUUACAAAAACUGGAUUUGAAGAGUUAAAUUUUCCAAAAGACAGAGAAGCAGUCACGGGAGGCGAAGAUGACUGGGAGGAAAUACCGGAAGUUGAAUUAGCGGAAAUGCUGGGGAAUCUUUCUAGUCCAAAGCUGUAUGCAACCAUAGAGAAUCAAAGCAACCACAUAGGCGCUUCUAAACACCAUAGUGUGGUAAAAAUAAACCAGACUGUGAUCACGACCAGCGAAGAACAAUUGGAUCGCCCAUUCGGAAAUGAAACAUUUUGUCAGAAAUUGUUUUACUGUAUAACGGGGAAUGAGAACUACCGUAGUGAAUUGAUACGACGGGGAAAAUAUCGGACUAGUUCGAUUAAUUCGGUCAGCCUUUUGGAUCGGGCAUCAAGAAUAGGCUUCCCUCUGACUUUUGGAUUGGUAAAUCUCGUGUACUGGAUAUCCUUUCUUUAUUCGGAAACACCGCCGCGAACUUCGGUCGGUAAUCCCCGCGCAUAUCUUGUAUGGUUUUAAACGGUUUCUUGCAGCGCUGUUAUUCGUAUCUGCAUGUAUGCAUAUACUUACAAUAGAAUGCGUAAAUCUGUGAUUUUAUUUAUCUUAAUUUUAACUUUAAGAAUUGCUGUAAUUCAACAUUAUGCUUAUUACUUUUUGCAGAACUGCAUCAGCAUAUUUGCAUAAAAACUGCGAGCAC